AUGAGUGUACCGGCCAAAGGUGAACGUUUCUACGUCAACUUCGACGACCCUGAGCGCGGUAUCGUCGGCGACCGCGUGGACGCUGCCCAGGCGCACGAUGACGCACGGCCGGUUUUUUCUGGCCUCAGCUUCGUCGCCGAUGUCAAAGAACGCGACACCUCAGAAGUGAAGCCGCCUGCUGCGCCCUCAUCCAAGAGCACCUCCACCGGCUUCCCGGCGCAUAAGAAGCGCACGCGCAUAUCUGCCUUCAAGCAGCAGCGCAACGCCGCAAAGGGCCCCUCCAGCCAGCCGGGCCAGAACAGCGAAUUCACCGCCCCCGCCCCCGCUGCCGCACCGCCUGCGCCAGCAGCAUCGGUCAAGGAGAAUGUCCCACCCCCGGCUCCUGCAACACCCAAGGAUGAUGCUAGUGCUGAGGAGAUAGAGCGUCGUCAGAUCGACGAGGAUAAUAAGAAGAGGCUGGCGGCGAUGACGCCGGAAGAGAUUGAGGCUGAGAGGCAAGAGCUUUUCUCGAGUCUCAAUCCUGCGUUUAUCCAGAGGCUUCUGGCGAGAGCAAACAUAGACGAGGGCAGCAACGAGCGCUCAUUUCCCUCCACGACUAAUCUGCCGCAAACAGAAAUACCACCGAGCACAUCUACUGAACCAAAAUCACCAAAAGUAGCCAAAAAAGUAACCUUUGAAGAGCCCGAAGCGCCCAAGCCAUCAACAGACUCUACGAAGGCAGAUGACAUAGCGAACGACGCAGCAGUCGACAUGUCAAAGCUUGAAGCAGCUCCCGAAGGCUCACCCCCAGCAGCACCAGCAAUCCACUUCCCUCGCCCUCUAAAACCGCCCGAGCUCGAUCCCAACGACCCAAACUUCCUGCAGGACCUCCACGACAAGUACUUUCCCGAUCUCGCCGCCGAUCCACAAUCGCUCCUGUGGGCCGCGCCUCUGCCCACACCCGGGUCUGAAGCGGACAGACAGUCACCAUACCACCCAUCGCUUCGGAGCCUUGACGCGAAGGAUGUCCGCUUCGGAUUUAACGGCGCCAUUAUACCGCCCAAACUCGCGCGAGAUAUGGCUGUCAACCUCGGUCUUCACCACCACGGCGAGGCACCUGAAGCGGCGGGUUACACGAUCCCGGAGCUCGCACUGCUUGCGCGUAGCAAAGUACCUGCUCAGCGGUGCAUGGCGUUCCAGACGCUGGGGCGGAUUCUGUUCCGGCUGGGGCGCGGCGAGUUCGGCAUCGAGGGUACAAUCUCGGUGGAAGGUCCGGAGGUUCUACGAGAAGGGCACGAGGACGAGCUGGAGCGGCAGAACGAGAAGGACAUGUCGAUGCUAGCGAGGGGCUUAUGGGAAUGCGUCGAGGAGCAUCGCGUCAUAGAUACGCUGUCGGAGGAGGUCAACAAGCAGAGUGGGCAUUUGACGGCCAAGACCUUUGCGGAGGAGGCGUUAUGGAAUUGGCGAAAAGGCGGUGGCAGGAAGAAGAGGGCCGUGUAG